UUGAGGUUAAGAAGCUACUUCGGUGGUCGGACGUCUUUUCGCAAUCAACGUACCCUACUCGUCCAUAGAGCAUCAAGUACUGCCAUGCUGACAUCGAAAGUGCUGACAAAUAGCGCGGCGUAUUUAUCCAGAAGAUUUGCAUCGAACAAGGUUGCCGUGGUACGUAGGUUUUAGAGAGCAGAAAUAGUCUUCGAUUCACGACGUGCCUCCGACAAUUCUUAUUCAACUGGGAAGUCAAAGCGCUCCUCCGCCGGAUAUCUCGUGCUAGUAUCUCUCGAAUCAGGAGAAUCAGGAGCAUUGUGAGGAGACUGUUCACGGAAUUGAGCAUCAGGAAUGGCGGACAAAGGAGAGCUCCAGGCGCAGUUAGAAACAUACAAUGUUCAGCUGCAGCAAGUAGAGGCCGCUCUUGCGUCGAGUCCCGACGAUCCCGAUCUCAAGAAACUUCGUGAGGAUCUACUCGAAGUUGUGUCUCUAACAAGGAAUUUGCUCGGUGAUCAAGCCACAAGUCGCGGGAGCCCGGGAGAGGCCGCUCAAGGUAAUUCCAGCGUCGCCAAAUGGCAAGUCGGCGAUAAAGUUCUCGCUCCAUGGAACGAGGAUGGAAACCAUUAUGAUGCCACGGUCACGUCAAUCUCCGGAGAUGGACUGGCGACUGUGACUUUCGACGCGUAUGGCGCGCACGAAACGUGCAAUCUCAACGAGCUCCGGCCCCGCGAUGCCCAGAUACCGAAGGGAAGCAAGAAAGCUCAACUGGCAGCUCAAAAGGAAUACAAGAAACAGAAAGCCCUCAAGAAGAAAGAGAGACUGAAGGAGAUAGAGCAGCAACGAGAGGCCGACAAGAACAAAUGGCAGAGCUUCAACAUGAAAGCCUUGCACAAGAAGAAGGGAGUGACGAAAAAGAGCAUUUUCGCCACACCUGAAACCGUGGAUGGUCGAGUCGGUAUCGGAACUUGUGGAAUCGCCGAUAAGCCGAUGACUGAAUACCAACAGGUGGAGAAACACCAAGCUGUCAAGAAGACUAUGCUCCAACAUCCGUACUCGCUGCCGGGACCUGCAGGUCUCAAUUGAGCGUUGCGAUCCCAGGGUUUAAUAGACCGAUUUCUAAACGAUGUUUCGAUGCCGAUGAAUCAGAUGAUCUGUCUCCCGAAUGCUAUUUGACGCGUUCAAAUCGAAUUCGACGGGCCCCACAAUAUGAAAAUAAAUUCUGUA